GGCUUAUUUCAGCCUUUUCUAUUUAUUUGAAACCUCUUAAGUCUCCAGACCUGUCCUGGAGACCUUGCUGAUCUCCAGCUGCCAGCAAACAAUCAUCUGAACAUCUCUUUCUCUCCAGUGACGCCUGCGUCUCUAGCGCUCGUUCGCAAACGAGCAGCCCCUCCAUCCCCCUUCUGAUGUUUUCUGAUAUGGGAACAGUCCCGCUGAGACGGGUGUGUCAGGUUUACCAUCUGUAGAAAUUGCUUAAAUUUCCUGUAGGUCUCGAAUCGCAGCUUGGAGUUUACUUUCUCUUUCCCGUCGCCUCGAAAAAAAUGGCAAUGCUUUCAGGGUUUGUCUUUGUAUUGCUGGUCCAAACUGUAAACCUUCAACUUACACCUCGAGGACCCAGGCCAAUACCGGGGCGAGGUGACAGUCCAGAGCCAACAAUACCUCCAUUCUUACCUGAGCCCACGCCAAGACCUGAAGGCUGUGAAGCAGGUAUAAUCGACUGUCCCAUCAGGGUGUACUUCACUAUCGACACCUCAGAAACCGUUGCAUUGCAGGAGCCCCCACCUGGCAGCCUGGUGGAGAGUAUCAGAGAAUUCACAAAGAUCUUUGCUGAGAGGCUGGCUGAUGAGGAGUACAGGGGCCAUAUCCAGAUCACUUGGUCCAUAGGUGGGCUGCACUUCUCCCAGACACAGGUGGUCUUCAGCCAGCUCACAACCAGAGCGAACUUCAUCAGGAAUCUCGCUUCGAUCCGAUACCUGGGCAAAGGCACCUACAUCGACUGUGCCCUCAAAAACAUGACUCACCACAUGACCCAACAUUACACAGAGACAAAGGCGGUUCUCUUCGCUGUGGUCAUCACUGAUGGCUACGUGACAGGAAAUCCAUGUUCAGGGAUCAAGGUGAUGGCAGAAAAGGCCCGGGAUCAAGGGAUCCAGAUUUUCUCAGUAGCAGCGUCCAAGGAGAUCGACGAAUUUGGAAUGAGGGAGAUAGCGAACUCUCCGUACGAGCUGUUCCGUGACGACUACAUAGCGGUGGAAAUCGUUGAUGGGAAACCAAGACUGAGCACUAAAACCAUUGAUCGUAUCGUAAAAGCAAUGAAAUACCAAGCAUAUUUACAGUGUUACAAACCAAGAUGUUUUGAGAGUCCUGGGCGCCCUGGACUAAGAGGUCCCUCAGGUCCAAAAGGCACAAAAGGAGACACAGGCCCUCCAGGGCCAAAGGGUGAAAGAGGAAGACAGGGUGAUCCUGGCAUUGAAGGUCCAAUUGGACGACCUGGUCCAAAGGGAGAGCCUGGUUUAAAGGGUGACAAGGGUGAAAUUGGAUUAACUGGAGCAAAGGGUGUUGCAGGUUCAACUGGCAAGAAUGGAACUGAUGGGCAAAAGGGGAAAAUUGGACGAAUUGGAACUCCCGGUUGUAAAGGCGAUCCAGGCGACAAGGGACCAGAUGGCUACCCAGGAGAUGUUGGGGAAACUGGACCAUUAGGUGACAAAGGAGAAAAGGGUGACAUGGGCCUUCCUGGAAAGCCAGGCCCCCCAGGCCCUAAGGGUAAUCCAGGUCUGAAGGGUGAAAGAGGAAGCCAAGGAAAUCCAGGACAGCCUGGACAAAGAGGGAGUCCGGGGAGAAAGGGUUCACCUGGGGCAAAAGGCGAACAGGGGAGGAGAGGAAACCCGGGAGUAAAAGGAGCACAAGGAAACACUGGGCCAAAAGGGACAAAGGGAGAACGAGGCCCGGAGGGAAGCAGAGGUCGGCCUGGGGAAAAUGGACUCAAGGGCGCAAAGGGCGAACUGGGACUACCGGGACCGAGGGGUCAGCCAGGAGAACCAGGCACCUCUGGACGAAAUGGCACGAUGGGAGAUCCUGGAGAUUCAGGACCAAGGGGAGACACUGGGCCACUUGGACCAAAGGGUGACAGAGGAAGGCAAGGUUUCAGCUAUCCUGGAUCAAGGGGACCGCCUGGAGACAGGGGUGCACCAGGUAGGAGAGGACCCACAGGGAGCAGAGGUGACUGUGGCGCCAAAGGAGAAUCCGGAAAUAAAGGGCCUUCAGGAGCGCCUGGUGAACCAGGCCAGUCAGGGCCGCCAGGAGAAAGAGGGCCUAGAGGGGAACGUGGACCUGAUGGGGAUUCAGGACCAGCAGGCGAUUCUGGGCUCACUGAAUGUGAUGUCAUGAACUACAUCAGAGAGACGUGUGGUUGCUGCGACUGCGAGAAGCACUGUGGAGCUAUGGACAUUGUGUUUGUAAUUGAUAGCUCAGAGAGUGUCGGGCUGACAAACUUUACCCUGGAGAAGAACUUUGUUAUCAACACCAUCAACAGGCUGGGAUCUAUGGCGCCCGAACCUACAUCAACAACUGGCACGAGAGUUGGAGUUGUACAAUACAGUCACAAUGGGACCUUUGAGAGCAUUCGUCUCGAUGACCCAAACAUAAACUCCAUGACUGCAUUCAAAACUGCAGUGAAGAAUCUGAGGUGGAUUGCUGGGGGCACCUUCACCCCCUCUGCUCUGAAGUACGCCUAUGAUAACCUCAUCAGGGACAGCAAGAGAGCCCGAUCCAAAGUGUCCGUCGUCGUGGUCACAGACGGCCGCUUUGACCCUCGAGACGACGACAAUCAGCUCACAUACCUCUGCAACGACCCUGCUGUGGUGGUGAAUGCCAUCGGGAUAGGGGACAUGUUUGACACCAGACACGACAGCGAGACUCUGGUGUCAAUCGCGUGCAACAAGAAGGACCGGGCUACUGAGAUGAGGCGCUACAGCGACUUGGUGGCUGAUGAAUUCUUAGAAAAGAUGGAAACUGUCCUCUGUCCUGAUCCAGUUAUUAAGUGCCCUGAUCUCCCCUGUACAAGUGAACUUGACUUAGCUCCUUGUGUUGAGCGGCCUGUGGAUUUGGUAUUUCUAUUGGAUGGUUCAGAGCGUCUCGGGGAGAGAAACUUCCUCCUUGUUCGUGAAUUUGUUCAGAAGGUUGCAGACAGGCUGGGACUGGCCAGGACCAGGACCGAUCGAAAGCGAGCCCGUCUGGCACUGAUGGAGUUUGGCAAGGAGUCAGACAAUCGGGUGGCCUUCCCUCUAACACAUGACCUUGCCCAGAUUGUUAACAGCUUAACAGCUUUACAGUAUCUAGAUUCUUCUUCAAGCGUGGCGCCCGGCAUCAUACACGCCAUCAACAACAUCCUGGUUAGAGGAGGCGCCCGGCAAACGAGGCCCAAUGCAGAGAUUUCAUUCGUUUUCAUUACAGAUGGCGUCACUAACAGCGACAACCUGGACGAGGCGAUCAGUGCCAUGCGUCGUCACGAGGUGGUCUCCACGGUGAUUGCCACAGGAAGUGAUGUUGAUCAAGAAGUCCUAACAAAGCUGGCUAUGGGGGACCAGCACGCCAUCUUCAAAGCAGAAAAAUUCUCAGAUUUUUUAAGGUCCAGUAUGUUUGAUCGUUUCAUCCGGUGGGUGUGUUAGAGAGAGAAUGCUCCUGUGAGCCAAUACUGGUGCUACAGCUGUUCAUCCAGCGUUUUCAAGGAUAAUUAAAAUUUAUUUCAACCUGAUAGUAUUUUACAUUAAUGUGGCUGUUGUGGCUCUAUUGAGGAAAGCAUCCUACAGUGAAACAAGACUGUGCUCUCUGCAGCUUUAUACUGGGUCAUAGUGCAGUCCUUUAUUUUACCCUCUGAGGAUAUCUCAGAUAUCUCUGAGAAUAUUCCCCAUCUUUGACACCAUGCAGAGCCAAGAGCCAAGUUCAUCCUCCACUUCGUUUAACACCUCACAUCUGUACUAAAGUUUAAAUAAAAACAAACCUGUGACAUGAUUUUGUUUUAACAGUUUGUAGAAAAUCAUCCCAACACUUUCAUUUUUGGAUGCAGAUGCAAUUAGCAACACGUCCACUCCAGGCAGCUAAAUUCAAAAGCUUAGGUCAGAUGUUAAAGCAAAAGUUAAAAGACUACAUUUUCUGGAUAACCUCAGGAGCUUGCGCUUGUUUCCUCGAUAAAUUGGUUUUAUGUGACAGCUUGUAGAGCUGCAAUGGCCAAAUUGAUGGGGGAAAUACACAAGGUUGAAAUAAACUAGAUUUCUUCUUUAACCCAUAGACAGUAUAUAAAAGACAAACACAGGCACCCACUGUGUUUGAAAAGUGAAGCCAUGUGCCAUACAACUGAGGGUCUCUAGGUGCUGCCUGUGAACGUCGUUCUGUCAGUGAUUAAAGUAAUUCAUUGGCAGCUGCAGCUCAAGCAGAAUUUAUGGUCCUGCAGUGGUGAUGCGUUCAUUGUCCGGUGGCAAUCCAAGGAUGGCCCGUCUGCCUGUUGCCAGAUGGAGGCAAUGUGAAAAUAUGUGGUACAGCAGUCUGUGGGUCACUCUAGCUUGUGCUGCUGUUGGUACAUCAGCCAGCAGUGGAGAAAAGCGAAUUUAUAACAUACAAAGAGCUGAAGUGAAAAUGAGUGUUAAAAACAAUGAAAACUGUCCAAUGUCUGUGCUUUUCAUGUUGUAUCCUUUUCAUCUUUGAAGUUUUUUUAAUGGUUUUCCUGAACUCGCUGAACUCCGCUAGCAGUCCCUGCUCUAUUCUGGCCCACUUGUCUAUGAAUCAACAUUCGGCAGACGCUUGCAUCAUCUGCUUCUAGACACAUGCAGUCAGAAUGUUGGGAGGACUGCACUGGAGUGCGUCUGGGGUGGGUGAAAAAGAAACGUGUACACAGACGGACACAUUUACAGGACCAUAAAUUACACUUCAGGGUGUACAGGAGACACAAAAACUGCCCAAGAUGUGUUGCGGGUGUAUCUAUGAUACAGAUACUGCCUUGUGUAACUCACUUUAAGAAAGACUAGACUUUUUCAAUAUACGCUAUAUUACCAAAAGUAUUCACUCACCCAUCCAAAUCAUUGCAUUCCGGUGUUUCAAUCACUUCCAUGGCCACGGGUGUAUAAUAUCAACUACCUCCAUAUGCACUGUUUCUGCAAACUUUUAUGAAAGAAAGCUCUCAGGACAUCAGUGAAUUUGUGGUACUGUGAUAGGAUGUCACCUGUGCAACAAGUCCAGUUAUGAAAUUUCCUCGCUACUAAAUAUUUCAUAGUCAACUGUUAGUCGUAUUAUAGCAAAGUGAAAGCAAGCACUAAUGACAGGAACCCAGCCAUGAAGUGGUAGGCCACAAAGUCACAGAGCAGGGUUAACGGCUGCUGAGGGGCGAUCGUGGCUCAAGAGUUGGCAGUUUGUCUUGUAAUCGGAAGGUUGCUGGUUCGAGCCCCGGCUCCGAGAGUCUCGGUCGUUGUGUCCUUGGGCAAGACACUUCACCCGUUGCCUACUGGUGGUGUUCAGAGGGCCCAGUGACGCCGGCAGUGUCCGGCAGCCUCGCCUGUCAGUGCGCCUCAGGGGAGCUGUGGCUACAAUGUAGCUUGCCAUCACCAGUGUGUGAAUGGGUGGAUGACUGAAUGUAGUGUAAAGCGCUUUGGGGUCCAUAGGGACUAAGUAAAGCGCUAUACAAAUACAGGCCAUUUACCAUUUAGUAUGCAGAGGUCACCAACUUCCUGCAGAGCCAAUUGCUAAAGACUUCCAAACUACAUGUAGCCUUCAGAUUAGCUCAACAACAGUCUACAGAGAGCUUCAUGGUUUCCAACCCCAACGCAAAGUGUCAGUGUUGUUUUUCAGGAUUUGGGCUUUGCCCCUUACCCUCUUAAUGCGUCAACACAAAACACAACAAGACAUUAUGGACAAUUUAUAGGGACAGUUUAGGUUAGACCUGUUCCAACACAAGUGGGCACCAGCACACAAAGCAAGGUCCACAAAGACAUGGAUAAGCGAGUUGGUGUGGAAAAACUCAAAUGGCCGGCUGCACAGUCCUGACCUCAGACUGUGGGCCAAACCUUCUCGUCCAACAUCAGUGCCUGACCUCACAAAUGCGCUUCUAGAAGAAUGGUCAAAACUACUCAUAAACACACUCCUAAACCUUCCCAGAAGAGUUGAAGUUGUUACAGGUGCUCAGGGUAGGCUGACAAUAAUAAACCCUGUGCAUUAAUGGGAUGUCACUCAAGUUCAUAUGCAUGUGAAGGCAGACGAGUGAAUAGUUUUGGUAUAUAGUGUAUAUGGGUAAGUGGGACAAAACUUUUUCCAUUUUGAACCAUUGUCAGCAUACUCAUGGCCCUAAUUAAAUUGGUAUUCCUGCCUCAGAAAAAGUUUUUUUUCUCCAAGACUUUCUCACGUUUCACCCUUUUUUCCCCAAAUAUGGUCACUUCUGGCUCCAAAGUGCUAAAGUCAAGGAUUCAAAAUAGUGAUCCACAAACCAAAGGGUGGCAUUAUGGUGACAACGUUCUCUUUUUUUAUACAGUCUAUGCUUUAAACACAAAACUGGUUUAGUCUGCUAUGCACUGUAUAAUUUGCAAAUGAUGUCACAGCAUUGUGCUUUGCUACAUCUUGUCAGAAGAUCAAUCAGUAUUUUCAUACACAAAAAUAUAAUACAAGUCAUGCACUCUUAAUCAACCAUAAGGCUUUUAAUGAUUUUUCAUAAUAAACCGUCAGUUUGUUGGGCACUGCA